CUAUGUACACACGCGUACAUCCAUGUACACGCGAUCGUGUAUGCGCGAAAUGAAUGCAAUUUUCACUGGGUUUUAAAUACUGCUGUGUGAAUUGAUAACACACAACGCUCGACCAACCGGUGUUGCUUAAGUGUGAGGUGGUGACGACGUGUGAGAAACAUCAGUCAAAAAUGGAGAAAUUUGCUGUGAUUUUCGUGUUGUUUGGCUUGGCGCUUGGUUCAGAUGUUCUGGAUCUCUCAGAUGGAGGAUUUGAAGCAGAAGCUAAGGGACGUGACAUUAUGCUUGUGGAGUUCUUUGCUCCUUGGUGUGGCCAUUGCAAGAAACUAGCCCCCGGGUACGAGCACGCAGCAACAGCAUUAGCUCAGAAUGAUCCACCAGUCCCAUUGGCAAAGGUGGAUUGCACCGACGAAAGCGGUGGUAAGGAUACAUGCGGAAAAUAUGGUGUGUCUGGCUACCCCACCCUCAAAAUAUUCAGAAAUGGAGCCGUUUCUGCUGAUUACAGUGGUCCAAGAGACUCGGCUGGCAUCAUCAGUCACAUGAAAAAAAUGGCCGGGCCAUUUGUAAAGGAGAUUAGCAGUGUAGCAGACAUGGAAAAAGUCUUGAGCAAAACCGAAACUACUGUUAUAGCAGGAUUCUUUUCUAAGGAUAACAAUGAAAAGGCAGCGUUUGUUCAAGCGGCUGGUAAACUUCACGAGAACUACAAAUUUUUUUAUACUCUAUCGGAAGCUGUCAGCAAGAAUUAUGGUUUCUCUGAUGCCGUAGCCCUUUUCCGACCAAGGUUUCUGAAAAACAAAUUUGAAGAGGGCAUUCUGCAAAUGACGGAAGCCGUUACCAAGUCCAACAUUGAGAAAUUCGCCGAAAUCAACGGAUUGGGUAUGUGUGGAGUUAUGAAAGCUGACAACAAGGAUCUGUUCAAAAAGCCUGUCGUCGUAGCUUACUUCCAAGUUGACUAUGAGAAGAACCCCAAAGGAACCAACUAUUUCCGCAAUAGAGUAAUGAAGAUCGCCAAGAAAUACAACGAACUGACGUUUGCGAUUGCUUCCAAAUCAGAGUUUGCCCGUGAGAUGGAUGGGUUGGGCUUCGCGUUUGAAUCCGAUGCUGUUAAUGUGGCUGCCUGGGGACCGGACGGAGACAAGUUCAAGAUGGAAGAAGAAUUCACUACCGAUGGCAAGGCUUUAGAUGCAUUCGUGGCCAAGUUUGUGGCAGGCGAGAUCCCAAACCACUUGAAGAGCGAGCCGAUACCGGAACCCAAUGAUGGCCCGGUGAAGGUGGUCGUCGGCAACAACUUCAAAGACAUCGUCAUGGAUGAAACAAAAGACGUCUUGAUUGAGUUCUACGCACCGUGGUGUGGUCACUGUAAAAACUUGGAGCCAAAAUACAAUGAGCUUGGAGAGAAGUUGAAGGAUGUUGAACAUGUAACAAUUGCUAAGAUUGACUCGACCGCCAACGACUCACCUGGGCAGUAUGCCGUUUCAGGGUUCCCCACAAUAUACUGGGCACCCGCCAAUGACAAAAACAACCCUCGCAAGUAUCAAGGAGGCCGCGAGGUCGACGACUUUAUAAAAUUCAUCAAGAAAGAGUCCACAAAGCCCGUCAAGUUAGGCGGCAAGAAACCAGAUGAGUUAUAAGAUUAAAGCUGGGGGCCAUUUAGGAAGAAAAUGUAUUUUAUUUUUGGUUCAUUGGUGAAACCCUGGAUUUUUAAAUGUCAUACAACGAAACCACCCUUAUAGAGAGCUGGGGUUCGCUAUAUUGUUUUUUUGUUCAUUUGGGAACGAACCUCGACGGUAGUCAACAUUUUUUUCUUUUUAAUUUCAUGCAUGGCAAAGUAGACUUCUCCAGCUGAAACAUUGUGGUGCUUUUGUCAAGGACUGGUUUAUCUUGUCGGUUAAAACUUGAAGUUGCUAUGCCAUGUCCCAAACCAUUUGACAUAGCAACUGUCUCUACUAGAGUGCGUUCGAUUAGCUUCCCUGUGUCUAUCCGGCAGUGCUCACUCGGGUGAGCUCCUGCAAGAGCUAAUCGAACGAUCACACUCGCCCUGUUGUAAUGACGUCAUGCCUCAAGUGACCAAUUCCACAAGCAGGGCACUGGGAGCUUACCCGCGUGAGCCCCUAGAAUAACGUCAAAGCUGUUCGAACGUUCCGGGGGCAGACCGGGGUCAACCCAGGGAAGCUAAACGAACGCACCCAUAGUCUGAGGAAUUAAAAUGUGAGCUGUUACUUGUGACUAAGCAAUUCAUUGUACCAGACUUUAUUCAUUUCUAAAUCGAUAAUAGCAUAUUGGGUUUAGUGAUGACAAUGGUAGAAAAGUCUACUUUUAAUCAGAGAUUUUAUACAUUAUUUAAGUCUUGAAUAGUUUCGUGGGUGUAGCUGACAACUCGUCUGUUUUUGAACAAUGUUUUCAAGCAAUGUUUUUGUUUUCGUUUUUCUUCUAAUAUUUUGUACUUCAAUAGUUAAGAUGUAGCAUCACCCAAAAAGUUUAUGCCUCGUUAAAAGUUUUGGUGGUAAACUUGUAUCAUUGAAUACUUUUCAUUGGUUAAGAAUGUCUUGUUGUAUUUAACCUUUUGUAUUUACAGGGAACGUGAACAUUCAUGUCUUAUGUGUUCUCGGGUUAUUGACCCAAUUCGGUUUCUGUCACCAUUGCACAAACCGUGGUUGCGCCAUUUUGGGAGUCAGUGUCCCCCUGUGUUAAAGCCUGGUUCAUACUUCAUGACAGAGAAUAUAGUUUUUUUGUCAUAUUGAGUGUAAAACUGGCGGUGGAGUAUUGUAAAAGUUACUCCUCUAUUUUUUCUUAAGUAAGGCCUUAAAAAAACACUGCUGUUUUGAAGCGAAGCUUACUUGGAAAUCCUCGAUUUUGAUAUUUAAAAGCUGUAAUUUGUUUGAAAACACAGUGAAUUAUUAUCACAACACCAGUCUGAAAAGGCCUAACAUGAGUUGUUUUCGUUACAAGAUGAAAAAUGUUGUGUAAAAUAAUGGAGAAAAAACAACACUCACGACAAAACAUGUGCAUACAGAGAAUAAUAUAUAGAGCAAUUCCAUUGCUAGUUUAUAAAGUUAUCCUGUGUGUAAUUUGUAAAUUGUAAACUCAACAUUUUGUAAUGAGAAUGUUUGCCCCCUUAGAAGGGCAUUGAAUAAACUCACUAUUAAUCCCUUUACAAA